CAUAAAAGGAACAGAAUCGUUGUGAUUUCAUUCUGUUCCUGACACAAGAUGGAUCUGCGAGUCUCUGUUGUUCUUCUUUUGAUUUUUCUCACUGGAGGAUAUUCUCUCAAGUGUUACAGGUGCUUUCCUGAUUCGAAGGGUUCCUGUGAAACAACACAGGAAACAUGUCCAGCUGGAGUUUCUAAAUGUGCAAGCAUUACAGGGGAAAUAUCAGUUGGUUCCACUAAGGUGUCCUUCACAGCUAAAGGGUGUGUACCUGAGUGUGUACCAGGGUCCACACAGCUGCCAGGUGGAGGGACAGGGUCUGUCCACUGCUGUGACACUGACCUCUGCAAUGCAGCAGAUGGAGUGUAUAAGGGAAGCUUCCUCCUGCUCUUCUCUCCUCUGCUCUUCUACUUCCUGUUUCAGUGAGUCCAGAUUCUACACUUCAGAUUCUACAGCGAAGACCAGCGAAUAUGAGACACAUUCUGAUGCAUUACUGUACUUUACUGAAUAAAGCUUGUUUGUUGCUCUGCUGUUCUUUGUAUCAUGAAUUGAGGAACUCAAAAAUAUGCAUUUUAAUAAACAAAUAUGAAGCAAA